GUGAGCAAGUUUCACUCCUUAGUUUGCCAACUAAUUCUAGCUCGAUCGAUCACUCCCUAUAUAUAUGUGCAUCUAUUCAACAAGCUGAGCAUCAUAUUCCCAUCCAAACUAGCUAUUACCAAAGAUUCUCAAAGUUCAACAUGGCUGUGAAUCUUAGCUAUGUCACUACCUUCAUGCUCAUUUUUCUUCUUUCUGUCACCAAUGCUAUAGCUAGUGAGGAUGAAAACACUACACUCAACACUCAAUCCCUCCUUCACCCACUUGAAUCAUAUCAACUAGAUUGGAACAAAGAUAUUGAUCCCACUAAGUUGACUUUCAAGCUUUCAUUCACAUGGCCCAAAGGCUAUUGCAAGACUAAAGGUUCUGGAUGUGAAAAAACAACCAACUUGCCUGACCAUUUCACAAUUCACGGCUUAUGGCCUAUCUAUAGAGCUAAGUGCACCGACUCCACCGAGAAGUUCAGUGUCGAUCUGGUGAAAGAUCUUCGCGAUCGUCUUGAUCAAAACUGGCCAGACUUGAAAAAUUUUGGGAAUCCAAGUAAGUACGGAACUUUUUGGGAUCAUGAAUGGGUGGCUCAUGGCAAGAAGUGUGCCUUGUAUAGUGUGGAAGGUUAUUUUAGGCAAUCUCUCAAUUUAUAUGAUGCAAGCAACGUUUUACAGCUUCUUCAACAAGCAGGAAAUCCAACAAAUGUUGAGGGUGUGAAAAAGGCUUUCCCCGGAAGGACACCCACAGUUUUCUGCAAAGAUGGAAGUGAUGGAAAAUAUUAUUUUUUCCAACUCGAGUUUUGCCUCGACAGCAAUGAAGUAUAUGAAAACUGUCCAGAGCCAUCGAAGCCAGAUAAAACUCAUUGCACUCCGGGCAAAGAAUUUAGUUAUGGUGCUUAAUUAAUUGUGUGUGUGUAAGCUUAAAUAAAUACUGGAGUAUGUGUGUGUGAACUUAAAUAAAUUAAACAGUCUCGGGAUGGCUAAUUAAGUCCAUCAAGCUAGGAUUGGGCUGAAGCUUAAUAAUAGAAUAAGCAAUCCCUGUAAGGCAGUAGGGCAGUGUGCUGCCCUAAGUACGUAAAUAAGUGCAACUUUGCAUUAAAAUAAAGUGUUGAGUUUUGUUUCAACUUUACAUCACGAAGCUUGAAUUGCUAGUAUUAUAUCCUAGUGUAAUUUUACUAUAAUUUCAUGAUCUGCUCCGAUUUAAUUUGAUUUAGUGAAAUUUGUUUAAGUUUGUUCUGAUUUAGUAGGUUUUGGAUAUACAUAUUAUAGAACUGGCAAAGUCUCAUCGGAUGAGAUUCAUUUAAGUAUGUUUAUGUCUAGUCAGGUCUAGCUUGUUUGCGUGAGUCUAAUCUAGUAGAAAAAUGAUUGGCAUACAUAUCUAAUAUAUUUGACACAUUUGUCUAUCUAGGGACAAAGAUGUCAAAGGUGUACACCAAAAACUCAACGCCCACCUCAAUCCAAUUUGAUAUUGAAAUCACUUAAAAAGAAGAACAUCCGAACUAGUCCGUGGAGAAUUAU